AUGCCUCCCAAGAAGCGCUCCGCGCCGAGCGCAUCCUCCCCCGUACCGAAGAAAGCGCGACAAUCCAAGCUCGCAAAGGAAAACGACAUCUCGGGCGAAGAGGAGAAAGAGAUAAAGGAGGUGUUCCACAUCUUCUCCGAGCCGAAUGAGGAGUUUCCGAAGGAGAAGGAGGGCGUUAUUGAGAGGGAGGAUGUGCGGAAGGCUCUUGUAGCACUCGGUCUGGCGCCAACUGACUCGAAAGAACUCCAAUCCAUCCUCUCCGCCGUCGACCCAACGGGGACCGGCUACGUCCCCUACGCACCGUUUCUAGCCGUCGCAGCCGCGAAGCUCCGAUCACGAACCGACGAGGCCAUGUCCGCGGAAGUCGAUGCUGCGUUCCAGCUGUUCACACGGGGUACGGACGGUCCGAUCACGUUAGGACACUUGAGGCGCAUUGCGCGCGAGUUGAAGGAGGAUAGUGUUGGGGAUGCCUUGCUGAAGGAUAUGAUCUUGGAGGCGAACGGGGGUGGGAGUAUUGAGGCCGGUGUCACGUUGGAGCAGUUUCAUGAGAUUAUGCUGAGGGCUGGUGUUUUUUGA